UUGGAACCAUGGCCCAGGCCGGAGUGGUGCUGGACAGGGACCAGUUCAACUGCUCCAUAUGUCUGGACGUGCUGAGGGACCCGGUGACCAUCCCGUGCGGCCACAGCUACUGCUCGGACUGCAUCCAGAACUACUGGAACCAGGACGACUACAUCGGGGUCUUCGUGUGCCCCCAGUGCCGUCAGAGCUUCAGCCCGAGGCCGGUGCUGGCCCGGAACACCAUGCUGGCCGACGUGGUGGAGAGGUUCAAGGGGACUGGACUCGAGGAGACUUCGGACCCCCCCGCGGACCACCGGACCCUGGCCGGAGCGGACGACGUGCAGUGCGACGUGUGCACGGGGAGGAAGAACAGGGCUGUCAAGUCGUGCCUGGUGUGUCUGGCCUCGUACUGCGACGCGCAUGUGCAGCCCCACUACGACUCCCCGGCUUUCAAGAAGCACAAGCUGGUGUCGGCCUCCAAGCGGCUGCAGGAGACCCUCUGCCCCCGCCACGACCGGCUGCUGGAGGUGUACUGCCGCACCGACCGCCGCUGCAUCUGCUACCUGUGUCUGACCGACGAGCACAAGGGCCACGACACGGUGCUGGCCGAAGCAGAAAUCCAGCACCAGCAGAGGAACCUUAGAGACAUGAAGCAAAACUCCCAUCUGAGGAUUCAGCAAAAAGAAAAGGAGGCACAGGAGCUGAGAGAAGCCAUCUUCUCUCUCACUCGGUCGGCUCGCGCCACCACCGAAGAGAGCGACUCCAUCUUCACCGAGCUGAUCCGUUCCAUCGAGCUGAAGCGCUUCGAAAUGAGGGAGCUGAUAAAGGCGCAGGAGAAGACGGCCGUGGCCGACGCGCAGCAGCUGCUGGAGAAGAUCCAGAGGGAGACGGCCGAGCUGAGGAAGAGGGAGGCCGAACUGGACCAGCUGGCCCACACCGACGACCCCGUCCUUUUCCUGGAGAGCUGUCAGGCUCUCCACGCCCCGCCCGCGCCCUCCGCCUCGCCGCCGCUCGCCGCCGACCCCGGCCUCUCCUUCAGCCUGGUGAUGACGGCCGUGUCCGACUUUAAGGGACUUCUGCAGGAGGUGUGUCAGGGAGGAUUUGUCAGCAUCUACGAGAGAGUACGAAAUGUGACAAUUGUAAGUCCUCAAAACGCCGCCGUUCAGUGUGAUACGACACACACCAGUGAGGCUGGCUGCCCCGGCUCUCGGCCUGGACCAGACUCCCGUGAGCCCGCUGAACCCGUUCCUCCCGCCAGGACAGGCCGUGCCGACGCUCCAAACUGUCCACAGGAUCCAGGCAGAGGCACCUCCAGCGACCAGUUCUGCUGCUCGGUGUGCCUGGAGGUCCUGCGGGACCCGGCCACCAUCCCCUGCGGACACAGCUACUGCCUGGACUGCAUCGAGGACUACUGGAACCGGGACAGGAAGAGAGAAGAGUUCAGCUGCCCGCAGUGCCGGCAGGCGUUCAGCCCCCGGCCCCUGCUCAGCAGGAACACGGUCCUGGGGGAGGUGGUGGAGACCUUCCUGCGCAGCGAGCGCGCGCCUCAGCCCCCGGCCAGGGUCCAGGAGGUCCGGUGCGGCGUGUGCCGGGGCAAAAGAGCCGUCAAACCCUGCCCGGCGUGCGCCGAGUCGUUCUGCGCCGCGCACCUGAAGGCGCACGAGGAGCGCUUCCACCGAAAGGGUCCCGGCCAGCCGGCCCCGGCCUCCGGCCAGCCGAGGGACAGGCCGUGCCGGACGCACGGAAAGUCCCUGCGCCUGUUCUGCGUCACCGACCAGCUGGCGGUGUGUUCGCUGUGCGCAAAAGAGCGCCACCGGGGCCACGACACCGUCCCGCUGCCGGAGGAGAGGGCCGCCCAGCAGAAAAAACUCAGAGAGAGCUGCUUGAAGUCUGCGCAGAAGUUGAGGGACGCGGAGAAGGAGCUCAGAUACGCCAUCAAAUAUAUGAAGGUGAGCGAUUCCCCUCCGGUAGAGCCUCCACCGUGCUGCUGUGGUGCCGUUUCCUGGAGAGCAAAGAGGUCUUUUUAUCCCCUGCAGCACUGCACGGAGGCAGCGGUGGAGGAGAGCGAGAGGAUUUUCAACCGGCUGAUCAAGUCCAUGGAGAAGCAGAGCGAGGAGGUGAAGGAGCUGAUCCGGGUCCAGGAGAGAGCCGCCGUGGGUCAGGCCGAGGAGGCCCUGGAGAAGGUGCAGCGGGAGAUGGCCGAGCUGCGCAAGACCGAAGCAGAGCUGGAGAGGCUGGCGCAAACAGAGGACCACGUCCACUUCAUCCAGAGGUGCAGGUCCCUUCAGUUCCCCUCAAAGCCGGCGGAGAUGCCCAACACAGACGCCGUCACGUACCUGAUGUACAGAACCAUGAGGGGGGCCCUGGCCGACACGAGGGACAGCCUGCAGGAGGCGCUUCAUAAGGAGUUCAGCAAAGUGUCCGAUAAAGCUAAAGAUGACAUUCCCUAUGAGGCCGAGCCAAAAACCAGAGCUGAUUUCCUACAAUAUUCCAGCGACUUGACCCUGGACCUGAACACGGCUAACUCCUACCUGAGCCUCUCCGAGGGCCGGCGAUCGGUGACCACGCGCUCGGAGGCGCAGCCCUACCCUGACCACCCUGACCGCUUCACCAGCUGGGCCCAGGUGCUGUGCCGGGCGGGCGUGGCCGGCCGCUGCUACUGGGAGGUGGAGUGGGCGGGGAAGGGGGGGGUCUCGGUGGGCGUGUGCUACAGGAGCAUGAGCAGGAGCGGGGGGGGCAGCGACUCUAAGCUGGGCCACAACGGCCGG